CCUCCUCACUUGCCCGCGCUCGCACGAGUCGCCCGUACCCACCAUCCUCCGGCCCUCCUCCCCGCUCACUCGCCUCGCGCACCCGGUUUGGCCACACUCCGGCUCUGCCCACCGUCUUCCAUUCGCCCUGGCCUUCCAUUCCUCACGCGCGCGCGGUCCGUUUGUUGGCCACGGUUGCGUGCUGGGCCUUCGCCUGAUACGCUCGCAUGCGUGUCGUUGUGUGCGUGUGCGUGCCUGCUGUCCUACUCACCUGCCUGCGUGUGCCCACCGUCCCACUCGCCCACCUGUGUAUGCGUUCCUUACCCAUCUACCCGCCCUCCUGCCUGUUCACUCACCUCCUCACCCGCCCGCUUGGCCGUCCGUCCCGCCCUGCAUAUUCAGCGUCACCGCGCGUGUCGCGCUCGCCAUGCCGUUUGCAUCGCUGCUUGCCCUCCUCCCUGAGUGUCGUGGAGCCUGCGCCCUUGGUGCGCUCGUCGGCUGUUUGCUCGCGGGGCCUUUGUCCUGUGUGCUCGGCGUCGCCGUGUGCGCCGCGCUUGCUGUGUGGAUUACUCACCUUCACUCACCCUCGAGCCAUUAGUUCGGCGUGUUCGCCCGCCACCACUGCUCGGGACGGAUGUGUCGUUGUCACUGUUUGUGCAACCUCCGCUUGUGCAGCCCUGACAGCCUCGUCGAACGUGGCACUUACGACUCACGUGCAGCACGCAAUGCGGGCGACGGUGCAUAUGGGCGACGCGACACGGUGAGUGAUGCAGUCACGGUCGGCGGGCGCGCGCAAUGGUUGAGCGCGGCGGCGAGAUGCGGGAGGCGGCGGCAUGA